AACCCCGUCAGACUUCAUCACAGAACAUCACAGAUACCUCAGGCGCUGUAAAUCACUCCAUUCAACAGACUGGUGACAGAGAAGACCACCUGUUACAGAUUUCAAAGCUUAACCGUUUCUGACAUGCACUUUGAUAAAUACAUGUAGAUGCAUUAGAAGGCACAAGGAAACUACACGUGUGGAGGUGACGUGCCUGUGACAAACCAAAGGCAGGAAGAUGUGGUUCUGUUAGCGUAACGGAGCAAGACAGGAACAUGUCAUAGAAAAAGGGCAGUGGUUAUCCCGUGCUCAAGGUUUUCUGAUGAAUCUGUCUGGUUUUGCUGGUUUUUCUGUUUUCCUAAAGGAGGAGGUAUCUCAGAGCUUUAUCUUUUAUCUCCAGUUCCAUACACAGGGUGGAAAUAUCACUUAAUCUUUCACGUGUGGGGUGAAGCUGUCGAGGAAACAUAAUAAGCUUUACGGUGUCACCAUGUCAGCUGGAAACAUCAGAGUUCUGUUUUGUAAUAUUUUCUCCUGUUUUACUCACCUGGUAAAUGGAAAAAAUACAUUUUUUGUUAUCAGCAGGGGAAAACAUACUCAUAUAUAAUGGAUAUUAUGUACCAUUGUUUGCAGGGGAGCAGAAAUGACUUGAUGGAGAAACUGAGCAGGCAAAAUAAAAACAAACUAAGAAUUUGUUCAGACCUUCAUUACAUUAAAUACAAGCUUGCAUCAUAAUACAUAUCUUAUACUUCUAUGGCCUCAUACUUGUCAGUCUAUAUGUUUAUCAUGUGGUUUAAUGCCAAUUUAAUGCUUACAUUUUUUUAAUGAAUUGUUUAAUUAUUCAGUUUUUGCAACAAACAAAAACUUAAGUCGUUGGUUCUAAAUAUGGGAUUUUGCUGUUAUCUGAGAUGAAACAAACCAAAACAGUUUGCCUUGUUAAUCCUCUAACAUUAUAUUGACCAUAUGGUUCAAAAAAGCAUAGCAGCAGCAGAUAAUGGAUAAUGUAAAAAACAGUUGAUGUUCAAGCUUUUGUUCUAGAAUAUCCAUCGUAUGUGAUCAAAAAAUGACAAAAAUAGUCAUACUUUUUCUUUCAGCGCCAAAAGAGAAGCCGUGUUCCACUCUGCCCACAGUGAAGAAACUCUUGGAGCAGAAGAGAAGGCGAGAGACAUCGUCUGUGCCCCCCUCCUGCUCUACAGCCAGCACACCUUCUGCUCCCCCAACUACUACUGCUACAUUGUCUCUAGCAGAAUCAUUUACUUGUUCAGGUGCAUCAAGCAGCUACUCAGACAUGGCAGUGAGUUCAUGGCAGAUGCCCCAGGAGUCUACCCACAGUUAUUACCCCAGCCAUCCCGGACCCAGCUUUGCUGCAGCCUACAGCCUCCCAAUGACAACUGAGUAUGCUACACAGCAGCAGCUCCAGGGAUUUAUAGAUACAAUGCCAUAUGAGGGCCCAAUGUCAGUGGCAGAUCCCAGUAUGGCGUCGUCUUGGUCAGUCCUGGGUCCCGGUCAGGCGGAACAGCUGAGUUUUGGUUCGGCGAUAGACAUAGCCAGGCUGGAAGAGGCCCGGAUGCUGCUCAAUGGGAUGGACUACAGCAGAGCUACAGGGCAGGAUGAAGACGGAGACACCAUCCUUCACAUCUACACUGCCAAGGGGCUCAGGGAGUGUGCCUAUGCUGCAGCAGAGAGGCUGAGGGACAUAGGCAGGCUUGAUGCCAAAGAGCACAAGGGAAAGACUGCUUUACUGGUGGCGGUGACGGCCAACCAGCCAGAGAUUGUGCAAGAUCUGCUGUCAUUUGGAUCGGACAUCAAUGCAUAUGAUGUUAAAGGACAAACUGCCCUUCACUUGGCUGCCCACUAUGGUUUACCUGGGGUUCUGCAGGCAAUUCUGUCUAGCAGGCCGUCUGUCAACCUGGAGGCCCGCAAUUAUGAUGGUAUGACUCCUCUGCACUGCGCAGCCAUUUCUCACAAUGCCACUAUGAAGGCGUUCCCAAGCAUCGGACUGGCAGAUGUUGGUCUUCAGACCAUGGCUGACGAGAAACUUUCCUGUGUGCAGAUGCUCCUCCAGUCAGGGGCGUCCCUGCUCAGCCAGGAAAUCAAAAGUAACAAGACUGUGCUGCACUUGGCUGUAAAGGAGGGAAAUAUUGAUCUGGUGACUUAUCUGCUGAGGAUUCCCCUGCCAAACAUUAAAGACUUCAUCAACUUGAAAGCGCAUGGCCACACAGCACUACACAUGGCAGCUGGUCUCCAUGGUAACCCCCACCAGGAGGAGAUUCUGCAGCUGCUGCUGCAAAGAGGAGCUGAUCCAAGCAUCCGCAACCUCGAGAACGACCAGCCAGCUCACCUGCUGCAGAUCGGGCCCGAGGGAGAUAAGCUCAAGCUCAUGCUGAAGAAACGAAGUGCUUCAUCUCGUCGACGUAUUGUGUCCUUGCAGGACCAGGAAUGAUUUGAAAAUCCAAACAUGUAAUCCUCCUUUGGAGGGAAUGAAAAGUUGCCUCUGUUAGGAAGGGGAUUUAAGUUUAUUAUUAUGUUGUUUUGGGAGUCUCUGGCCUAUUGGGAGAUUAAGCUCUCUAUAUAAUUCACAUUGGAUUAUUCAAAUGAUGCUUUAGUGCAUUUUGUCUAAAAUUACAUGUAUUUAGAGUCUAUAAAAAAUACUUUUUUACAAACAGCGCAAAGUGUUCAUGUGUAGGUGCAGCAUUUCAUUGCAAAAUAUGAUAGCCUCCAUGGAUAUCUUUUCACAAAAUGUUAGUAUUUAAAUAUCUGACUGUGUAACACUGUAAUAUUGUGUAUUUAUUUUUGGUCAAAUUGAUAGAUUACCAUUUUGAAAUGAAAGUCUUUUAGUGGCAGAAAUGGAAAGCAUUAGUUAUCUUCGAACAGCAGAAUGUAUAGACGAUGCUGAGGAAGGUGGAGUAAUUUCUCUUACAGGCUAAACUCCCAGUCUAACGUUGAUUUCUAUGAAAUCGUUUGUACGACCUCAGGGACAAUGCCCCUGAAACCUUUCUGAUUCUCAUGAAAAUCCCCCAUCAUGUAAGUUUUCAUAUUGAUAAACUGAGUGAUGGUUCUGAUUUCAGUCAGCAUGUGUGCUUAUGUUAAAAAUAUAUAUGUUAAAAAUAUGACAAGAAGCUAUCACAUUAUUUAUCACAUUUUUCUGUAUGCAUCAUACCGACGUGCGUAAUAUCAAGUACAUUUUUUCUUUGUGGGGAAAAAGAAACUUGACUGUGAAAACUAUUAUGUAUCUGAAACUGAUUGUGACACAGAGUGUUCUUAUGACAGAGACAUUACAUGAGUAAGUGCGGUGACUAACUGUACAUUUUGGCAAUGAGUCAUGAAUAAAAUACAAUAACACUGUA